CAUUUGGCUUUUAAGAUUCCAAAUUUGUUUUCCUCAGACAUUGUAUAGCAAUUAUAGGAUUUUAUCAACUUAGCAUUGAACUUGAACAUGCAAUACUCUACCAAACUCUACCUUCAGAUAUCUAUUAGUGCUGUGGAUUAAAAAAUACUUUAAAAGGAUAUUCUACCUUCAGUAUAAGCCUAUUGCUUACUGCAACUAACAGAAGAACUAAUACAUCAUUAAGGGAUAAUGUACACAGUCAGCAGUUAAUUGCAAAAUAAAAGUUAGAUCUUAAAAGUAGGAUCUUGUGUUGGUCUGAAUUUUUGCGAUAAUGACUGUCUGACUGUACAUUAUCCCACUUUUUACAUGGCUACUUACUAGGGGUGUAACGAUUCACUCGUUUUCUCAAUGCAUCGUUUACUAAUCUGCCGUUUCAUGCUAAAAAUCUAAUGAAUCGCAAUUCGGCAAAAAACUACACAGUGUUUAAAAAUGUGUAAAUAUUCAGUUAGUUACAUGUUUGCAUGUUUGGUUCUCUAACACGUGUACCCUCACAGCGUUCCCUACAUAGACGUGCCCUGCACUCUUUCAUCACCCUUCCGGGUUCGCACCCACUCUUCGUUCAGUCCUUAUCUCUAAUUGAAACUUUUUCUAAGCAGCUUUCGAGCACCUGGUGGCUGAUCUUGCCCCAGGACUGUCAUUGAGAAUCACAUGAGCAAAUGUCAGCUCGCAGCGCUCUUGUAUCGAGUCAAACAUGCUCAAAUAAUUGAUACAGCCCCAAGUCAUUGCUUGGCCCCUACUGAAAUAAAAUGCUUUCAUUGCAAGGAAACUUAGCCGUUAUUCUCUAUAAGUUAAAAUAGGGAUAUUUAACUGCUAUCAUUGUCUAGUUGGGGACUUGGCAUGCACAAAACAUUUAAGUUGAAGGCAUCUAGUUGAUACUGCUUUUCUCUUUUCUUUAUUUGCAUAUGAGGCCUUGAGGAAACUGAAUGUAGUCAGAUGAUUUCUCUUCUAUAAGCAGAUUGUACUUUUGAUGUUUUCCAAGUAGCCUGUAUGUAGUUUGUCUUUCUUUUUCUUGCCUAAGACACAUUAGGGGAAGUAUUUAAAGAAUCCUAUAAAUGCAUUUAAAAAAAUACAGAAUCAAAUAGUUUAUUAAAUUGUUAUUUGAAUGUAAUUAAAUCGAAUCAAAUGACAAUGUGUAUCGAAUAGUUCUGAAUUUGCAAAAAAUAUUUUUGAAUCAAAUCAAAAACCGAUAAAUAGUGAAUUGAAUUGAUACUUAACACUGUUCAUGUUUAUUUAUUUGUCAAGUUUUUCACAGUUUUUUGUUUUAGUCAUAGUUUUAGUAUUUUGACGAAAAUGACAUAUAAUUUUAGUCAACAAAAUAUAAUCUUUCAGUUGAUGACGAUGUGCAAAAUGGACAAAAAUGUGUGUAAAACAGUAACAGACCAAACAUUAAUCAAGGGAUUCAAUUUCAUUUAGGUAAAAAAUGUAUAAACAUUUUCUAAUUUAAAUAUGUAUCAAACAUAUAACUAUACAUAGCCUACUGUCCUUGUUAUGAAUAAAACUGAGCUCCUAAAAUAAUAAUGAAUAGACUGAAGUAUUAGAUACUUUUUAGAAGUUAGCCUACUGUACUCUGAAUUCCUCAUGCUUUAGAGACUUAUUCAUUUUCUGUGAAAUGAUAUUACAUUGCGUGUAGCGUGUUUCUUACGGAAACAGUGUAUUCACAACGCAAGUUAAGCAAUGCAAAUUACGCAUAUUCUGACUAGCGUGUCAUUUAGUUCAAGUUCUCCUGUUCAUUCGCUUCACUGUGCAGAUGUAAGUUGAUAUAUUGUAUAUAUAUUGUUAUAUGUUGUAGAUAUAGGCAUGUAUAAAUAGGAUGCAUUUGAAUGAGGUAUUUACCAUGUUUUGAAGCGGUUUAUUUUGCCUGUGUUCAACUCAUGCAGCUCAUGCGGAGAAAUAGUCUUGGUUACGUAAAUAACUUCGGUUCCAUGAGACAAAGGGAGCGAGAAAUUGCGUUUAUUAAUGCAUAUGGGGAGUGGCUUUUUGACGAGGAGGGCGUGGCUGGGCUGUGAUGGAGCAUGGCCGGUACAGAAUCAGCUGAUCAGCGGGAUAAGGGGCGUCCGGAGACGCCGGUUCGAGAGAGACAGAUGCACGCGGCUGCGUUGCAUGUGUGUUUCAUCUGUUUAUGUUUGUUUAAGUUAAUUUAUGCAUUAAAAGUUUAUGUUGAUUGUUCAGCCGGUUCCCGCCUCCUCCUUGCCCGUCCUUAUACUGUUACAGUAGUGCUGAAACCCAGGAGGGAGGAGGGAUGCGCUGUCGCGGAGUCCUCGCCGCUGCCAUCCACCAGGGGAGCAGCCGCGGCUGUCUGCCAGGGGACGGAGGACUUGCUGCCGUCCGCCGGGGGAGGAGUGAGCUGCCAUCCGCCAGAGGGUGGGGGAGCAAUUGAGGACCGGGCGACAGUGCGUCCGGGAGCCAUCGAGCAAGUUCCUCUCUCUCUCUCUCUCUCUCUCUCUGUGUCACUGCUCGCCCUUUCCCCACGCCUCCUCUUGUCUCUCCCCCCUGUUUCAUAGGAGGCGGGGUGGACCACCGGCUGACAGAACGGCCGGAAGGGCGUCGUCUCCACCCCAGUGAUGGCGGGGGAGUUAGUCAGACUAGGGAGUUAGUCCCCUGCCCCGGCCUGAAUCGGGCAGGGGAGGAGUGUGACAAGGAGGGCGUGGCCAGGCCGUGAAGGACGGCCGGCGCUGAAUCAGCUGAUCAGCAGGAGAGCGGGAUAAGGGGCGGCCGGAGACACCGGUUCGAGAGAGAGAGAUGGGAAGCUGGUUGGAGUCUGUGGCAGUGUGGGAAGUGGCAAAACAUCUCUCACCUCUGCCAUUCUUGGCCAGAUGACUCUUUUAGAGGGAACCGUCGCCGUUAAUGGAGAUUUUGCAUAUGUGGCUCAACAGGCCUGGAUUCUUAAUGCAUCCUUCCGUGACAAUAUCCUGUUCGGCAAGGAAAUGGAGGAAGAGAGGUAUCAAGCUGUUCUGAGUGCUUGCUGCCUGAGACCAGAUCUGGCCAUCCUCCCUAAUGCUGAUCUGACUGAGAUUGGAGAACGUGGUGCCAACCUCAGUGGUGGGCAGCGCCAGCGGAUAAGCCUGGCUCGAGCUUUAUACAGCAACAGGGACAUUUACAUUCUCGAUGACCCUCUAAGUUCUCUGGAUGCUCAUGUCGGAAAUCACAUCUUCAACAACGCCAUAAGGAAGCAGCUGCGUGGGAAAACCGUCAUCUUCAUCACUCACCAGCUUCAGUACCUGGUGGACUGUGAUGAUGUGAUCUUCAUGCGCGAUGGCAGCAUCACAGAACAAGGCAGCCAUGAGGACCUGAUGAAUCUGAAUGGAGACUACGCUGCCAUUUUUAACAACCUUCAACUUGGAGAAACGCCAGUCAUUGAGGUUCCGAAUAAGAACUCUGGGAGUUCCUUGAAGAAACCUUUAGAGACUAAGAAGGCAGGAUCCGUCAAAAAAGAAAAAUCAGCCAACCAAAAUGAAGGUCAGCUGAUGCAGGUGGAAGAGCGAGGGAAGGGCUCAGUGCCCUGGGCAGUGUAUAAAGUGUACAUCCAGGCUUUAGGAGGGCUGCCCGUCUUCCUCCUCAUCCUAGCCCUUUUUGUUCUCAAUGUGGGCAGCACAGCCUUCAGCAACUGGUGGCUUAGCUACUGGAUCAAACAGGGCAGUGGGAACACCACAGUGCAGGUGGGGAACAGUUCGGUAUUGAGUGAAAGUAUGCGAGAUAACCCACUGAUGCAACACUAUGCUGCUGUCUACACUAUGUCUAUGGGUAUCAUGCUCCUUCUCAAACUACUGCGAGGCAUUGUGUUUGUCAAGUGUACUCUCCGUGCCUCCUCAAGCCUUCAUGAUGAACUUUUCCAGAAGAUUCUUCGUAGUCCCAUGAAAUUUUUUGACACAACGCCCACAGCACGCAUACUCAACAGGUUCUCUAAAGACAUGGAUGAAGUGGACACACGUUUGCCUUUCCAGGCCGAAAUGUUCAUUCAGAACGUGAUUCUGGUGCUAUUCUGCCUGGGUGUGAUUAGCAGCGUGUUCCCCUGGUUCCUGGUGGCAGUGGGGCCACUGGUGCUGCUCUUUACUGUGCUGCAUGUGGUUUCUCGGGUAUUUAUUCGGGAACUCAAACGAUUAGACAACGUCACACAGUCGCCUUUCCUGUCCCACAUUGCCUCUAGCAUUCAGGGCCUGACAACAGUGCAUGCAUAUGGCAAAGAGGACGAAUUCCUGAACAGGUAUCAGGAGCUGCUGGAUCAGAACCAGGCUCCCUUUUAUCUGUUUAGCUGUGCCAUGCGCUGGCUAGCUGUGCGUCUGGAUGUGAUCAGCGUGGCUCUCAUUAGUGUCACAGCUUUGAUGAUUGUCCUCAUGCAUGGCCAGAUUCCUCCCGCUUACGCAGGCCUGGCCAUUUCCUAUGCUGUUCAGCUCACUGGAUUAUUUCAGUUUACUGUUCGCUUGGCCUCUGAGACCGAAGCUCGUUUCACCUCAGUAGAGCGAAUCCAUCAAUACAUCAAGUCUCUGUCUCUGGAGGCCCCUGCCAGGGUGAAAAACAAGGCUCCUCCAUCUGACUGGCCCCAGGAGGGUGAGAUUGUGUUUGAUGGAACAGAGAUGAGGUACAGAGACAACCUUCCGCUGAUACUAAAGAAAGUUUCCUGCACCAUUCGACCAAAAGAGAAGAUUGGGAUUGUGGGACGAACAGGCUCAGGAAAGUCGUCUUUGGGAGUGGUUCUCUACCGGCUGGUUGAACCUUGUGGUGGCUCCAUUAAGAUUGAUGGUGUCAACAUCUGUGACAUUGGCCUUGCAGAUUUGCGCAGCAAACUGUCAAUCAUUCCUCAGGAGCCAGUGCUUUUCAGUGGUACUGUCAGAUCCAACCUGGAUCCAUUUAACCAGUAUUCAGAAGAUCUAAUCUGGGAUGCCCUGGAGAGGACACACAUGAAAGAAUGUGUGUCUCAGCUGCCCCUAAAGCUGGAGUCCGAGGUGGUUGAAAAUGGAGAGAACUUCUCUGUUGGUGAGAGGCAGCUGCUCUGUGUGGCCAGAGUUCUUCUGAGACAGUGCAAGAUCUUGAUCCUGGAUGAGGCCACUGCGGCCAUGGACACAGAGACUGAUUGUUUAAUUCAGGAGACGAUUCGUAAUGCUUUCCAGGACUGCACCACUCUGACUAUUGCACACAGACUGCAAACGGUGCUCAGCUGUGACCGUAUCAUGGUGCUCAAUCAGGGCCAGGUGGUGGAAUUCGACGAGCCAUCCAAGCUUCUGGCCAAUGAAAACUCCCGCUUCUGCGCAAUGCUGGCAGCAGUGGAGAACAAAAUCUCUGUAAGAGGCUAAAGGAUGUCCGAGCCAAGGUUUCACUCCAGAGGACUGAAGGGAACAUUCUCCAUUAAUAUUCCAGUCACUGCUGCUUCAAUGUUACUCCCUCCUUCAGACCUGUUGGGACCUGGGGAGGGAGAUUAUUGUAUUUCCAUGAAACUCAUGGGCUGUCAUUAGGGGCAUGCCUGUUAAGAUGUACAACUUGUAAGCUUAAAUGGUAAGGUCAACAAACACUGAUACUGUAAUGAUAUUUACAUAAUGGAGGGAGAAAUCAGUUUUCAUGUAGUUCCAUUCAUGCAAACUGGUAUGUUUUACAGAGUAUAUAUAUAUCUCUGUUUAUAGGAAUAUAUAUAUUUACAAGGUGGUUGCAGAGUCCUUUUAUAUUGAUUCUACAGGUCUAUGUACAGAAUGUAAUAUACAUUCAGAUGUAUCAUAUUUCAUUACUGUUUAAUAUUUUUUGACAACUUGACCGUCUUCAGUACGUGUAACUGUUGUCUUGUGACUUGAACCCUGAACUCUGGCACAGGUGAUGUUGUCCACAGGAUGCUGUAAUAGCACUAUGUAGGUUGGACUCUUAAAGAGAAACAGUGCUGCUUAUUCAUUGUAUCCUUGUUCAGCACACCAAGGAUUCAGUUUUAUUUAGCUAAGUGGUCUAUUUCCACUGUUAACAUUUGCUUAUACCAAAUGUGGUUAUUUUUUGGUUUUUAAUUUUACGUAUGAAUGCAUAUCUCAUUUAGGCUUGUUUUUGCACUUUUGCGCUCACAGAGGAGUUCACCUGUAAUUUUUAUUUUUCCCAAAAGACAUGCUUGUCAAGCAUAAUCUUAAUGGACCAAAUUUCCUAGAAUGGGCCUUUUGUUUUGUGUGCUACAUUGUUUAUCACAUCAGUGGUGCAACGAGAUCACAUUGAAUGGAACUCCUGUAUCAGGUUGUGACUGUUAUCUGUGGUCUGCAUGAAGAGAAAUUUAAUUUCGAAAAAGCCCUCUCAUCAGACCCUGCGAAAUUGUUUGUUAUUUUCCGUUACUUUUCAUAGCCUUACCAUGAUUUCUUAAUUGCCUUGUGAAAAGGGUGGAAUGAGAGGAGGAGAGAGCACAGUCUCAAUAAAGUUAUUUUAGGUUUA